AUGGUUCGACUUUCAUUGCCGAUCAGCCAGUGUAGUGUCGGUACUAGCAGUAAUGGUGGCCACACAGGAUACCUCUCGUACGGCCGCGUCACGCCGCAAGAGAUUCCCCAGGUUAUCGAGGAGACCAUUCUGCAGGGCAAGAUUGUUCCGGGCCUCCUCCGUUCAGGUGCUGGUAUCCAGCGUGGCCACUCGAACAAGGAGUGCGGUAUUCUCAGCUAG